CAGAAAUAGCAUGGUUUGAAAGUAUUAUUUAUUUGGAUUCGUUGGGGGAAAAGAUGGCGGAUAUUUAUGUAUAUAUAUAUUUUAUUUUACUAGUGAAUCACCCCGCUUGUCACCAUUCUAUGUUAACCUGUCAAUUGUCAUGUGGUUUGUGCUCUAUGAAUUUUUACAAACUUAACUGAUCUUAACCUCAAAAAACGGCAAAAAACAGCCAAAAUGUUUUACCAUAUUUCGCUAGAGCACGAAAUAUUGCUUCACCCACAGUAUUUCGGACCCCAACUGUUAGAAAAAGUUAAAACGAAGCUAUACACUGAAGUGGAGGGAACGUGUACAGGAAAGUAUGGAUUUGUGAUAGCAGUCACAACCAUAGACAGUAUAGGAGCAGGAUUAAUAUUACCAGGGCAAGGCUUUGUUGUAUACCCAGUCAAAUACAAAGCAAUAGUCUUCAGGCCAUUCAAAGGAGAGGUUUUAGAUGCAGUGGUUCGGCAAGUUAACAAGGUUGGAAUGUUUGCAGAGAUUGGACCUCUAUCUUGUUUCAUAUCCCAUCAUUCCAUACCAGCUGAAAUGGAAUUUUGUCCAAAUGUAAAUCCUCAGUGCUACAAAACUAAAGACGAGGAUGUUGUAAUACGUGCUGAGGGAGAAAUAAGACUAAAAAUUGUUGGUACAAGGGUAGACGCUACUGGCAUUCUAUUUUUGUUUUUGUUUUAGUUUGCCAUUGGAACACUUAUGGAUGACUAUUUGGGAUUGAUAAGUAAUUAAGUAUAUAUGUAAUAUCUUCAACAUAUGGAACUGUAAUGCCAGUCGGACUCGGCUAAAAUACCAUCCAUAGCUAAGCUAUUGAUUAAUGAUUGAAACACUCGGUUAACAGAAAUAGGCUUUCAGUUCUAUGUUUCAAUGGAGAUUUGUACUGUCUGAACUAACUAGCAGUAGCUGUGGAAUAGCUCUGACAGUUUGCAACAAAGCUAUCGCAUGGCUCCUACCAUACUACCAUCUAGCAUGAAAGUGGUUCACUUUGGGGCCACUUCACCUUGGCUGAAUGUGCUCUUUUUUUGAGGGAGGUACAAUCUCUGACAUUUUCAAAGAAAUGAAUGUAUAUAAGUUGGUAUAAAGUUUUUUUAUACAGUUCUUUUACAUCAGAUAUGUCAUACAGGGUGUAAUGAAUUUCCAUGAACCACUGAAAAGUUAUAAGAUUCCAUAGUGUGAGCAGAUACAGGGGUAGGGUAGUCUGAUUACAGAUAUUUAUUAUAUUAUUAGUGUAAUAAUAAAACAUUUUUAUGAA